AUGAUUUAUAAGAAAGAAGAUCUCAGAAAGAGGAACCUCGUUCUCUUUUUAUUGCGUCGGGGAAAAACUGCCUCACUUUUGAUGAUACAUUCGCAUUUUACAGGUUUACCACAGUUUCCACUUUUUUUCACGUUACUUUCCAGAUAUUGCAGAUCCUCCGCGCAAACGCUGUGGCGCAUGUGCGGCUGCGGGGUAUGUUGUUCCGGGACGUGUUGGCACCUUCUGGCUGUUCACUUUCUGCCCUGCACCGACCACGUGGAGUUUCUCCGAGGCAGUCUAUACACGUCCUGCGGCUUUGACACAUGUGGCGCAUGCGCAGACUUCUCCCAAACCAGAAAUUGUCCUUUUUUCCGUAUGCAUUGGUGUGUAUAUUUCACUAUAGGAAAUAAUAUUACAUUGUACAGAUUAUGUGCUACAUUGUAUUUCCAGUGCGCCUUAAAGAAUAAUACCAUCCUUCAUCCAGACUCGGGAUUUGAUCACUGCCCCCCUAUUUCUCAAAACUACAUUCUCUACCCCAUAAUAUCGCCUUCCCUGUUUUUUUGUUGA